AUGAGCAGUACUUCGCCUGAGGUGGGUCCCUCCCAGGACAUCUUCACCUCCAAAAGUGUGUCGGAAGACCAGGGUUCUCGGAACUCGAACGUCAUGAACGCUCCAGAGCCCAAGGCCAACAGAGUCGACUCGCACGACGAGAUCGAUGAGCUGAAAAAGGAUGCUGAAGAGCAACUCGCCAACAAGAGCGGUGCUGAUUUCGCAUUCGUCUCCAUCUGCUGUGUCAUGGUUGCCUUCGGUGGUUUCGUUUUCGGCUGGGAUACCGGUACCAUUUCCGGUUUCGUGCAACAAACUGACUUCAAACGCAGAUUUGGUCAAGUCAACAGUCAGGGCGAGCACUAUCUUUCUAACGUUAGAACCGGUCUGAUUGUCUCUAUCUUCAACAUUGGUUGUGCCAUUGGCGGUAUCGUUUUGGGUAAAAUUGGUGAGGUCUACGGUCGUCGUCUCGGUCUAACCGUCGUCGUGAUCAUCUACGCCGUUGGUAUUAUCAUCCAAAUCGCUUCUAUCGACAAAUGGUACCAGUACUUCAUCGGCAGAAUUAUCUCCGGUUUGGGUGUCGGUGCCAUCACCAUUUUGUCCCCUAUGUUGAUCUCUGAAGUCGCUCCAAAGCACUUGAGAGGUACCUUGGUGUCUUGCUACCAAUUCAUGGUCACCGGUGGGAUUUUCUUGGGUUACUGUACUAACUUCGGUACCAAGAACUACUCCAACUCCGUGCAAUGGAGAGUUCCUCUAGGUCUAUGUUUCGCUUGGGCUCUUUUCAUGAUUGGUGGUAUGUCGUUCGUCCCAGAAUCUCCUCGUUACUUGGUUGAAUACGGCAGACUCGAAGAAGCCAGACGCUCUUUGGCCCGUGUCAACAAGGCCCAGAUGGAAGACGCCGUUGUCACCUUGGAAUUGGAACAAAUCGAAGCCAGUGUCGAAGCUGAAAAGAUGGCCGGUGAAGCCCACUGGGUGGAAUUGCUCACUGGUAAGCCUCAAAUGUUGAAACGUACCGUCAACGGUAUUGUGAUUAUGUCUUUGCAGCAAUUGACUGGUGACAACUACUUCUUCUACUAUGGUACCACUAUUUUCAAGGCCGUCGGAUUGACUGACUCUUUCGAAACCGCUAUUGUGCUUGGUGUUGUCAACUUCUUCUCGACCUCUCUAUCCCUGUACACCGUCGAUAGAUUCGGUCGUCGUAACUGUUUGAUCUAUGGUGCUGCGGGUAUGGUGGCGUGUUACGUCGUGUACUCUUCUGUUGGUGUCACCAGACUAUAUCCUGAAGGUGCUAACCACCCCGACGUUACCUCCAAGGGUGCUGGUAACGUUCUAAUUGUUUUCGCCUGUUUCUACAUCUUCUGUUUCGCUACUACCUGGGCCCCAAUUGCCUACGUUUUGAUCUCUGAGACCUACCCAUUGAGAGUGAAGGGUAAGGCCAUGUCUAUUGCCUCUGCCUCCAACUGGCUAUGGGGUUUUUUGAUCUCUUUCUUUACUCCAUUCAUCACCAGUGCCAUCAACUUCUACUACGGUUACGUUUUCAUGGGUUGCAUGGUUUUCGCCAUCUUCUACGUGUUCUUCUUCAUCCCUGAGACUAAGGGUUUGACUUUGGAAGAAGUUAACGAGAUGUAUCAAGAGGGUGUCUCUCCAUGGAGAUCUAGCGGCUGGGUCCCUGCCUCCAGAAGAGGUGCUGACUACAAUGCCGAAGACUUGAACGAUGACAUGAACUUGCCUUGGUACAAGAGAUACUUCUAA